AUGACAGCGUCAUGCCUGUCUCACUGCCUGAUGCACGAGAUUCUCGGGCUCCUGACCGCUGUCGUGACUCUGACUCCCUCUGCCUUCCAGAAGAUGUCUCUCACCAUCAAGCAGAGGCUGGCCAGCACUAAGAAGCUGAAUCUGCCCCAGAUUGUCCAGCCUCAACACAAGUAUGGACAUCCCAUCACAAGUUCUGCAGUUGGCCUGGACCACAGCUCACCUCAGCCUUGCCCACCAGAGGUGAUGUUUCACAACUACACCCAUGGUGAGGUCUGUGAAGUGCCACUGGCUCUGAGGAACAGGGACAAGGUUCCUCUGCUGGUGAAGAUCACCUUGGAGAGCUCACCUUAUUUCCAGCUGGUGGGCCCCAAUGACAUGUGCUGCAAGGUGCCACUGGGCCCCUCUAUGACCUUUCGUGUCCUCUUCACCCCUGGGCAGAACAAGGAUUAUUUCCACCAGCUCCUCUGCACCACUGAAAGGGAAGAGUUCAUUGUGCCAAUUUGUGUCAUCCCAGAGUUCCCUGGCCAGCUGGACUUCUCAGCCUGUCGGGUCAAGUGCAGCACCCAGAAGACUCUGCUGGCUGGAAACCAGGGCAGCUCGUUACCAGCUGAGCACCCAGAGAAGAAGCCCUUCAAGAUGGAGAACUGA